ACGCAACGACCGUCAGUAGGUUUUGUAGUUGGCAACGGUGAGCAGCGAAAACGAGCGAACUGAACGCAUGCUUUGCGCAAAGUGUCGAGUUAUACCGAACUGAACGGACGUGCUUUUGCGGCGACGCGUGAAACGAAAUAGGCAACUAAGAAAUAAAGCAGAAAUACACUUCACCUACGCCGCGCAGUUGCUUCGUGUUUCAAAUUGCUGUUUCAUCGCGCUCCACGUCCACACACACAAAUGCCUAAACCACUCGUAGAUAUCUCCGCAUCUAUGUCACAAUGAAGAGUAUUAUUUCUCGUUUCUAUAGUAAUUAUGGCUUUAGUCUUAUUUAUGUGAUACUAGUUUAUACAACAUUAGCGCACAGUGUACCGUCUUGCGGUUUAUAUGGAGCGCCGCCGUGCCAGUUUGUACCAGCGCCGCCGGGACAAACACCAUCAUGUGCUCGACCCGGUCGAACCUACUGCGAGCAUGUGGACAAUUAUCCAACCUAUCUCAUCAAGCAUCUCGUCCAUAAAUGGGGUUACGAAGCCAAGAAUCUGCUCGUGGAUGAAUCCUGGGAUGAAUUCGCUGCAUUGACGUGGCACGAGUCGCCCGUUUUCUACGAUCCAGCCUUUAUUUUUAAUCGCCCCUAUAAUAGCGGCAGUGAUGACUUCAAUGGCUACAAAUAUGGCACACCCAGUGCAAAUGGCAACGGUGGCGUCGGAGCCGGAGCUACUAGCAGCAGUGAGAACACAUUUAUUAUUACGAAAGCACAGACGACAGAGACACCAACCUUCCUCUUCUACACCUCCGCUGGCCAACGGCCGAAUAAAAAUCAGGUGAACAGCUACAGCGGCACAGGGGCCGGUAGUGGGCAUAAAACGUCGUCGAAUAGUCCCGCCUUUUGGCUUAAACGCAUAACACGCAACGUUGACGGUGUGGUGGGCGUAGAAGUAGGUGGUAACUUAACCGCCGCCUUGACAUCAUACGGCCCCAAUGCCGACCCAGUGACGGCUAGUCGUGCGAAACGCAGCAUUUCUUCAUCCUCCCAAAGCAUAUCAUCUUCAUCGAAACUGUCACGUGACGUUUCACUAAAUAUGGAUCUCUUGGAUAUCGUCGGUGCCGAUAAAGGCGCCAAAACGCGUACCAAACGACAAAGUCCCGGUCGGGAAACACUCUGCAAGACCACCUCACAAUUUAUUGCACCACAAGCGGCGCUCAACAACAAAGGCAACUGGAUGUUCGUGGUGAAUGAGCCGAGCACAGCGCGUCAAAUGGUUAAAGCGGAAUUAUGCGCCUCGAACACCUGCUCGAAUCUCUGCCAACUGCCCAACGGUUACAACUCCAGAUGCGAGCAGAAAUUCGUGCAGAAACGCCUGAUUGCCCUGCAGGCCAACGGUCAGAAUCUCUACACGGACUCAUUUUGGUUUCCGAGCUGUUGCGUUUGUACGAUAGCGGCGAAUUGAGAGCACACCACGGUCGUCUCGUCUUCAGCUUGACGGAGGAAUGCUGUGACAGCGGCGGCACUUAGGCUGAAGAUUCUUUAAAUCAUUGUUUAAUUAAUUUAUGGAGACUUAAAUAAUUUAUAUAAUAACGAAUUUGUUAAUAAUACAAGCUUACAGCAAAAACAAGAGCAAGAAAACUCAUGUGAGAACUCCAAAUCAUGAAACAUUAAAAACGAAAAAAGAAAAAAACAAAAACACUUUCAACGAUCUGUAGCAUUAAAUAAUUUGUAGCGAAAAAAGAAGAUAUUUGUAAUAAUUACAUAAUUUAAA